AUGGCCAAGCAAGUCUGUCUGCUCGCGGCGCUGCUGCUGUCGGGCCUGUCGUCGGCGAUGCCGGUGACGGAGUCGGUCAACGACCCACGGUCGCUGGCAGAACGGUCGACGAUCCUGCCGAGCGAGGACUUGUUCUAUAGCGUGCCAGCGAACAUCUCGGCGUACGCACCGGGGCAGAUCAUCGGCUACCGCAAGCCACCAGCGCCGAUUGCGGCCUUUUCGAUGGACCCGGUCAACCUGGAGGCCAGCUGGCAGAUCCACUACCGGACGACGGACAACUUUGGCGAAGCCACAGCGACGGUGCUGACGGUGCUGGUGCCGCACAACGCAGACCUGUCCAAGGUGCUGUCAUACCAGGUGGCCGAGGACGCGGCGUCGGUCAACUGCGGGCCGUCGUACGCGCUGCAGCUGGAGUCGGCUACAGGCGAGCUUCUCGGCACGAUGGCCACACAGGCUGAGCUGCUGCUGAUUGAGGCUGGCCUGGAGCAAGGCUGGGUGGUCAUCCUGCCGGACCACGAGGGUCCCGUGGGCGCAUACCUGGCCAACCUGUUGUCGGGCCACGCCACGCUGGACGGCAUCCGCGCAGCUCUUGCCUCGACUGCCUUUACGGGCAUCCAGAGCAGCGCCCGUGUCGGCCUCUGGGGCUACUCGGGCGGCUCGCUCGCGUCGGCCUGGGCGGCUGAGCUGCAGCCGGCCUACGCGCCCGAGCUGGCCACCUCCAUCGUCGGCGUGGCCCUUGGCGGCACCGUGCCCAAUAUCUCCAACGUCAUCACCACCAUCGACCGCACGCCCUUUGCCGGUCUCCUUCCCGUCGGCAUCAUGGGCAUCUCGCGCCAGUAUCCCUUGGUGCAGCAGAUCGUCGACACCCGCAUCUUGCCGCAGUACCGGGCCAAGUUUGCUCGGGUGCGCGAUAACUGCUUCGUGAAUGAGAUGCUCGACUUCUUGCUCGACACACACAUCACCGCCAUGGUCGACGACCCGUCCGUCUUCACGUCACCGGCCGUCAUGGCCAUCCUGAACGAGAACGCGCUCGGCAGCCACGUGCCCACAAUCCCGCUCUACGUCUACAAGUCCCGCCGGGACGAGGUCAGCCCGAUCGCCGACACUGACGAUCUCGUCAGCAAGUACUGUGCUGGCGGCGCCUCCGUCCACUACACGCGCGACCUCGUCUCCGAGCACGCCACGCUGGCUGUGCUCGGCGCUCCCAGGGCACUUGGCUGGCUUAUCAACGCGCUCGACGGCAAUAGACAGACUGGCUGCAAGACUCGGACCACCAUGUCGUCGAUGCUCGACAUCUCCACCCUCACCAUCGUGCCCAAGCUCCUCGUCAACGCCUUGCUAGCGCUCCUAAGCGGUGAUGUCGGCCCCGCCUUUAUUGGCUGA